AUGUCACAAACGACAACAAGACCAAGAAGAAAAGCAACAAUAAAUAAGUCAUAUAAUGACUCAGUUGAUCUAAACAGUUUGGAUUACGAUUCGCUGAACUCCAUCUCGACUGUUAGUUCAAACCAUCUGUCUGGCUCUACUACUUCAGGUUCAAGAAGAAAAAAUCAAACUUCCGCUUCCAGUGGUAAUGGUAAAAAAACGUCGACUGAUACCAACAAGUCAACCACCACCACCACCAAUGGUAACAACAACAGCAUUAAUGGUAACUCCAUUUUACAGAGCUUACCUAAUAAUUGGCAAUCGUCACCUCGACUAGAAGAUUAUUUUUCGUUCAAAUUAGAUUUAAAUGAUGCAUACAUAGACGUCGAUUCGCAAACAUUGUUUUGUCCCAAUCAAUUUCCUACCAACAACACCAAUCCGAAUAGCCGCCGUAAAAGCAAUGUUCCACAAUUUAGUCUCAGCAAAGGUCAAUAUAUUUACAUGAUAAGCGAACCUCCUGGUGAACCUUACUACAUUGGAAGAAUAAUGGGGUUCAAACAUAAGAAUAAUAACAAUCAAAGUCUGGAAAACAAGACCAAUACUGUUGAUGCUAGGAACUACAACUUUCAAAUACAAUGGUUUUAUCGACCAAGAGAUAUUUCUAAGACUACUUCAGACUCGCGACUAUUAUUUGCUUCUAUGCACACAGAUUCUUGUCCUAUCAGUUCAUUCCGUGGAUUAGUUGAAGUGCGGCAUAAACAAGAUAUUGAAGAUGAGUUUAACCGUGUUCAAGAAAAAGAACAUAAGCGCUCUGGCAAUGGUAAAAGGAAUACAUCACCGAGCAGCGCUUCAACUGCAUUGGAGAUAUAUGCACAAAAACCCAAUCAAUUUUAUUUUGACAAACUAUUUGAUCGUUACAUGAUCAAGUUCUAUGAUGUUUUACUGACAGCCAAUUUGUUACAAUAUGCAGAAGUUGAAAAUAGCAAAAGUCGAAAUUUUUUAAUUGCUUUGAAUAAAAGAUACGAAUUUAUUUUUGUUGAGAGCCAGCGAACAAAGUCGUUGAUAGAUUCCUUUAGUUCUAAUACAUGCAACUGUGAAAUCUGUGGACAAUGGUGUGAAAACUCAAACUCAAUACAGUGUGUGGUAUGUGAAAAGUAUUUUCAUAUGUUCUGCCUCGACCCGCCAAUGCUGAAGAAGCCAAGUCGUGGAUUCUCGUGGUCGUGUGCUCCAUGUGCUAAAAAAAAUGAACAAGAAAGUCACCAGAAUAAACUUGUCAUGUUGCUUGACAACAAGUCGUCAAACAAAGACCAGCUAGCAAAAGAAUUGAGCGUGUUGAGUUCAACCGACAAUGAAUAUAGUAAAGAAUCAACUCCUAUACUGCCGUCGCCUAAAUUUUCCGAGCUAGGCACUUUGCCAAAGUAUGAGAUGCUAGCUAUAGAAUUUUUGAAGAACGAUAAAUCCACUUCUUUUGCUCAAAGACGAAUCAAAGAAGAAUGGUGUAUGCGAUAUUUGGGGCAACAUGCAAGAUUAGAAGAUGGUGUUGAUGUUGAUGAUAGAUCUCCAUACCCAAGAGCAAGCACAAGAAUAGGUACAAAACACCAGGCUACAUAUAUUCCUGAAUGCGAUGGUCAUCCUUUGGUUUAUUAUGAUGUUGAUAAACCACAAAAGAAAAAGAACGGCAAUGGAUCCAACUCGUCUAGUAGGCGUUCCAAAAGUAAAAGUUUUGAAGACCAGGAUCUAAAGCAAGUAAAAUUGACAGUACCCAAAGAGUAUGCAGAUGUUGAUCCCAAGGAAUAUCCGGCAUGGUUGCAGCCUAGACCAAAAGGGUAUAUUGAGCGUGGUGUUGACGAUGGUGAUGGAGAAACCUGUACUUUACUUUGGAAAAGCUCUGAAGAAGACAUUGCAGACAAUUUCACCAAAUUAGAUCAGUAUGUUGAAAGAUGCUCGCCUAUUGCUGAAUCAAUUGGAUUGUCACCGAACUCACCAAACUUUGUCGAUGCGAUAUUACUUAGAUACUUGCAGCACAAAGGUAACCUUGAAGAAGCUUUCAAAGAAGCUAAAACUUUAACUAAAAAAAGUUUGAAGGAACCUAUUUUUUCCAAAGAGGAAAUCAAAAGAUUUGAGGCUGGUGUGCGUGAAUUUGGUAGUGAACUAUAUCCUGUCUACAAAAAAGUGAAGACCCAACCAGUGUCGAUGAUUGUGCGAUUCUAUUAUUUGUGGAAAAAAACCAAGAAUGGAAGAGAAAUUUGGGGAAAUUUCGAAGGGAGAAUACAGAAGAAAGUACAAAAUAUCGUUAAAGAAGAAGCUAAAUCAGUUGUUAAAGAAGAACCCAACAAUUUGAAAACCCUGGACGAUGAGUCUUCAUACGAAGAAUCAAAUGAUCCCAAUGACGACAAACAGUUUAUCUGUAAACAUUGUAAUACACUUGAGUCGAUCCAAUGGUUCAAGAUAACCGGACAUGAUACUAAGAAAAAAAAUUCAGACAACUACAUUGUAUCUUUAUGUUUUAGAUGUGCUAGAUUAUGGCGUCGAUACGCUGUUGUUUGGGAAGACCCAAACGAAGUGCUUAAAAAAUAUAAUGGUAGUAGUAAAUCAGCAGGGGGUUGGAAGAAGAAAAUUGAAAUUGAAUUGCUUGAAGAUGCCAAUAGAAUUAUAGAACACAAUCAGGCAAUUUCAUCGGGGUUGGUAACCCAAGAACAACCAAAUAGCUCCGGUAAGAAAAGACCACUGCCGUCGACAACUUCACCAUUAAAGAAAAAAUCUAGAAUUAAACAAGAAGAGUUGAAAGAAAAAGAAAAAGAAAAAGAGAAAGAGAAAGAGAAAAUUGUCCAUAUCAAAACAAAUACUAUGUCCUUGACACCUGCAGUUUCAAAUAUACAAAAUGAGGAGAGAUUUAUUCCAGAUAAUGCUAUUCGUGAUUUGCUAUUUAAUAAUGAUUACAGACUACCAGAAUUAAAGAAAUUGGUCAAAAGACUAUCAAAUAAUUCUGCGCCAAGUUUUAUAUCACAUUUGAUUGAAACCUACCGAGAGCGACAGUUGACUGAUGUUUAUAACAACUUGUUAACAAAUGUGACUGUUCCAUCGUCAUCGAUUGAGCUUCCAUUUGAGCCAUCAGAAAGAAAUUGCUGUAUAUGUCGAGAGCACGAUAACAAUGCGGGUAAAUCGUCAUCGUUAUUGGAAAUGUUGAUUUGUUCCUCGUGUGGAGUUAAUGUACAUGCAUCGUGUGCUGGAAUCAAGUUGCAUGAAGGUGUAUCAAAGCCGAUCAAGGAAUGGUUGUGUGAGCCCUGUAUUAAUGAUUUACGACCUAUUCACUCGGCAAUUUAUUCAUGUUCUUGCUGUCUUGCUAAUGAGUCUAAUUAUGAAUUGUCUAUAUUGGGCUCGCCAUUUGUACGUCCUGACUUUUUAAAACCUACUGGGAAUGGUCGUUGGUGCCACUUGUUAUGUGCUAUUUUCAAUCACGACUACGUUUAUUUUGAAAAAUCUUUAGAAGACAGUAAUAGCUCAGUAUCAAUUCUAAAUAUUGAUAAAGUAUUCCUUAAUAAUCACCAUUUGCAAUGUGAAAUCUGUCAGUCGAAAAAUGGUGCUUUGAUUAAAUGUGAGUUGUGUGACGAUAAUUUGAAUUAUCAUGUAACAUGUGCCCAGGAUACACCGAACUUUAAAUUGGGAUUCAAAUUAAUUGACACCAGAGGGCCAGAUAUCAAUUCUGUCAAAUUAUUGGAUGAAGAUGUCUGUGGUAGACUAAAACCGAUACUAGUAUGUCCAAAACAUGAUCAAUCCAAAAAGACUAUUUUGAGUUUAAGAACAUAUGGCAAGAGAAUGAAUUCUAAAUUUAAUGAAGUGGAUUAUAGACCAUUGAUUGAAUUGUAUUUACAAGAUUUAACCAAUGAUAAAAAUAACAAACGUGGGAAAUUUUCUAAGCUGAUCAAUUAUAUCGAAAACUAUAAACAGUUUUUCCACCAUCAGACUGAUAACAAUGAAAAUAGAGAUACUUUAGAACCAUCUCAAACUGUCAAUGAGUGUUUUAGGUGUACUACUACAAACUCGCCAAUCUGGUGGACGGUUGACAAUACAAAAUUAUGUCAAUCAUGUUAUCAUGGUGAAGGGGAUAACCUUAGAGAAACAGAAAAGUCCGAGUCCGAGUCAAUGAAGGAUGGGGUAUAUGCAAUGUUGAAUGGGGAAAACUAUGGUAUCAAGAAUGAAUUAGACAAAUUAGAUUUAAUUUAUAAACCUAAUAUCAUUGAAUUACAAGAAAGUGAUGAUGAAAUAGACAAAAUAGAAAAAUCACAUCGGGUUGAGAGUAUAAGUAGAUCUAAAAUAUCAUUAGGCGAUAUACUUAGUUAG